AAAAAUUAUGUUAAAUUCAAGUAUCUACAGUAAUGAGAGCAAUUCAGCAGUAAAGAUAAAAGGCAAUUCAACCCAUUUACUUUCAACUGCAAUAAGUAAAUUAGGAGAUUCAAGUUUCAAAUCAAGAAACUAAGAAUCUAAAAACAUAUCUCCAGUGAGAUUAAGAUUGUUUAGAGACUCUCCAAAAACUUACAAAGGACUAGAAGGUUGUGUUGUAGGGUAAUAUCAGUAAGAAUAUACAUAUAUUGAAGUCCUCUUGCUCCAACUCAUGUAGUAUUUUCUAAUGAUAAAACUCCAUCUCCUUAUAGAUCGUCGAAAACAUUUAGAGAUUCUCCAGAAAGAGCUAAGACCAAGUUGAAUCAAUUCAAAGAUUGGAACUCUAAAUUGGACAUUCAAUUACAAAUAUAAAAUAAUCAGAUUGCAAAAUUGAACAAUCAACUCAUCCAAUAAAGUCAUCAACCUUAUCAGCAUAAGAGUUCAAAAUAAAACUUGUUUUCUGCAAGUAGUCCAUCCAACUUCUAAAAGUUUGGUAAACAAAGUGAUAUUUCUUCACUUUCCUCAAGAUUGAAUCAGGUUCCAAUUUCAUAGAUUACCACCUAUCAAAUAGGGUAUUAGUAGUACGAUUAUAUAAUAGACAUCAAAGCGAAUUGAAUGCAUUAUAGCAAUCUUUGGACAGAAUAAUGAAGACAAGUAGAAUAUGAUAAUUAGUAAG